UAAAGAUGGCAGACUCUCAAGAACAAGAAAUUCAAUCAGGAAUUGAGGAGCAUGAAGAAGAAGCUCCAAACAUGCAUGGACCAGAGCUACGUAUAGCUACACCGCGUAUAACCCGAAUCAUGCGGCGUGUCCUCCCCUACUACGCCCUUAUUUCCAACGAAUCAAAAGUGGUGUUGCAAGAGUGCCUCACUAAGUUCAUUAAUGUCAUUACAAGUGAAGCUAACAGAGGUUGUGAUAGGGAUUACAGAAGAACUAUUCUGGCAGAGGACAUCAUUCGAGCUAUGGAAAUGAAGGGUUUCAACGACUAUAUUGAGCCUCUAUCACUGUAUUUAAGUCGCUAUCGAUCCCAAAACCAAGAGCAUGGUGAGUCUCACCCGGCGCCACAUGUUUUUCAUCAUCAAUCUAACAUCAACCAACAGCCAAACUCGAUGAUACAGGCUCCCAUGGCUAUGGCGCCGCCGGUUCAACCAACCGGAUAUUCUACAGAAUUUCCUGCCUCUUUUGUUGAAUUACUUCAAAUGGUGGAGUCUCGUGCGGCCAACCAACGCGGUGGCGGGGAAAGCUCAUCCGGGCCCGGUGAACUUCGGCUUAAUCCUUCUCAACCACCUAAGUAG